AUGCUCAUACAUAAUAUUGCUCAUAUAAGAAAGCUACAAUGAAAAUACAAACAGAUGUGAAACUAAAGCUAUACCAAUCAACAGAGGAGUUCGCAGGGAGAUGUUAUCUCACCAAAGCUAUUCACACUUGGACUGGAAGACAUGAUCAAAUACAUUAACUGGGCAAAUAAAGGAAUAAAUGUUAAUGGAAGAAAACUGAGUCAUUUAAGAUACGCUGACAACAUUGUAAUAUUCGCUACAAGUUUCGAAGAUGAACUUGGAAAAAACAAAAAAAAAAUGACAAAUCUACCGAACAUUAGAGAAAUAAAGUUGAAUGACAUAAAUUUACAAUCAGUAAGCAAAUACAUCUACCUGGGACAGAUAAUGAAAGUUAACAAAGAAAAUCAAACUGCCACUAUUACCAGAAGAAUAAGGUUAGCGUGGGCAAGAUUUAGAAAAGUAAACCAAGAUAUGAGAAAUAUGGAAAUACGUGCUUGGCGGAGGAAGGCGAUGGAUAGGGACGACUGGAAAAAAUUCUUGGGGAGGCUAGGACCCACACAGGGUUGUAAAGCUAAAAAUGAUGAUAAUGAUGUAUCCUCCCUAUACUCACGUGUGGUUUACAGACGUGGACACUCACCAAGUCUAAUAUGGAUAAAAUAGUAAAAGCACAAAGAGCGAUGGAAAGAUCA